AUGUUUCAUACGGCGUUGAAUUUGUCGGCUUUGGAUCCUGUGGUGACACAUGGCACCAUGAGUGCUGGAAUUCCUCUGAUUUAUGAUGACUACUUACAAAGAAGAGUGGUGGAGAUACUGAAGAGAUCUCUGAUGGCUGAAUAUAAUGCACUUGUUGAAAUGUAUGUUACUGAUGGCAUGCGUAUAGUCUUUCGCAUUGGUAAUAUUAAGAAGAAAAUGUCUCGCGGAAUCAAAGACAAGUCCGAAUUGAUUGAAGAAUACAUUAUUGGAUUACUUGAAGAAAUCAAAGGGUUUGUGGGAAAUUGUGUGCUUGCACAGAUGAAAAUCUAUCUUAGAUUAGAAGAGAGUGAUUAUCAGAAAUGGUUUUGUUCAACUUCCUCUUUGGUUUUGGAUAAUGAAAGAGGAGCGCUUGUGGAGGCUACUGUUAGAGUGGAGAGAAAAGGAUUGUCUGCAGAGAGGAGCGCUGCUGCUUUUGGAAAUCAUAGUGAGGCAGAGAAAAAACAAUAG